CUAGCAUCUACAAAUAUGACUGCUACCACGACAAACUCACGUCUCUACGCAUCCCACCGGUCCCAUUCCCAGCUUGAUGGUGGGAAGCCACAACCACCACACAUUCCACUCAAAAUUUCCCACACAAAAUCUCAACUACCAUAUCCAUCCACAAACUCCCCCACCCUUUUAAAACCCCAGUCGGCCGUUGGACCAAUGAAACCACGGAAACUCUCUCUUCUUUUAAAAGCUCACGGGAAAGGGGAGAGUUUUGAGAUGUUGAUAACCGGAGCUGUCUCGCACUCCUUCCUCGCCCUCUACUCCCCUUCUUCCUCCCCCAGAACUCUAAUCUCUCCUCUUCUCCCCAAGAGGCGGAGGCUCUUCUCGAGCCUCCUCCCGCCCUCCUUCUCCUCUUCUCCCUCUUCCGUAGCUAGGAGAACACUCGGUCGCCGGAAUUCCACCAUGAGUGCGAGUUCUGCCGUCCGAGGAUCGGCUCAGAAGCUCGAGAACGCCGACGGGCUCAUUGAUUCUGUCGAAACCUUCAUCUUUGAUUGCGAUGGAGUUAUAUGGAAAGGGGAUAGUUUGAUCGAUGGGGUGCCGGAAACUCUCGAUAUGCUGCGGUCAAAAGGAAAAAGAUUGGUUUUUGUCACUAACAAUUCAACGAAGUCGAGGAAGCAAUAUGGGAAGAAAUUUGAGACGCUUGGUUUGAGUGUCAAUGAGGAAGAGAUUUUUGCAUCAUCUUUUGCUGCUGCAGCCUAUUUGAAGUCCGUUGACUUCCCCAAAGAGAAAAAGGUAUAUGUGAUAGGUGAGGAUGGAAUACUAAAGGAGCUAGAGCUUGCUGGAUUUCAAUAUCUUGGUGGUCCGGUGGAUGGUGAGAAAAAGAUAGAGUUGAAGCCUGGCUUUUAUAUGGAGCAUGAUGAAAAUGUUGGAGCUGUUGUGGUUGGAUUUGAUCGUUAUUUCAACUACUAUAAAGUUCAGUAUGGAACCCUUUGUAUCCGUGAAAAUCCUGGGUGUCUUUUCAUUGCUACAAAUCGUGAUGCUGUGACUCAUCUCACUGAUGCUCAAGAAUGGGCAGGUGGUGGUUCCAUGGUUGGUGCACUCUGCGGUUCAACUCAGCGAGAGCCUAUUGUCGUAGGAAAGCCAUCAACUUUUAUGAUGGACUAUUUAUCAAAUAAGUUUGGCAUUCUCAAAUCACAAAUAUGCAUGGUAGGAGACCGACUGGAUACUGAUAUCCUGUUUGGGCAAAAUGGUGGCUGCAAGACCCUCCUUGUUCUCUCAGGUGUGACUACUCUGCAGAUGCUCCAAAGCCCCAACAACUCCAUACAGCCAGAUUUCUAUACUAACAAAAUAUCAGAUUUUGUUACUCUAAAAGCUGCAACAGUCUAAGCACAUAAAUUCUUCUGUAAAUCCAUUUUAAUUUGUUUUAGAAAAUGAUUUCACAUUAUUGUUUUAUGAGCCACAAAAAAAUUGGCAGCCAUUUUUAAUAUAUUGAGUGGAAAUGAAUUGUACAAAUUAUUUAUCUUUCUAGAUUAUUUACAUCACCUGACUAGAA